CACAGACGUCUUGUCUUUAACUUCCUAGCGGGAAGUGGCUAUCUGUAGCUGUUCUGUAGAGGCAAGAAUUGAGUGAAGACAUAAGCAUGAGACUGUCCCGAGCUGAAUAUAAAGAGAUAGUGAAACGGACUGAACAGCUGAGACCUACACGACAGUGUAUGAAGGUGCUGAAAGAUACAUUUCCCAAUCACUCGCAGUCCACUCUUCUGAGCAUCUUCUCCCUGGAGUACCAGAAACGAACCAAGAGGACCAUCUCAAGACACCAUGCUCCCGAUGUUAUUGAAAGAUACUACCAAAGGUAUCUGAGCGAAACCAAGGCUCAUCCCACAGCUCCUGUCCUGCUAGAGUUGGCUAAUGAGGUGGACCUGUCUCCUGCGCUGAUGGCUCGUAUUAUCCUGGACAGAUUCCUUCAGGACGUGGACGGUGAAAUGCCCUCCAAAAGUGUCGUGAGCAGCAUGCUGAAGGAGCCAUCUUCAAUUCCAGACCAAAUACUGGCAAAAAACGUCUAUCAAUGCACAAUAAAUGACUGCUGUUAUGGACCGCUGGUAGACUGCAUCAAACAUGUCAUUGGACAGGAGCAUGAGGUUCUGCUCUGUGACAAACUGAAGGAGAAAAACCUUUCUUUUCUGAAUGAAAAUCAACUGAGAGCUAUGGGUUAUGACAAAACACCUGAUAUCAUCCUGGAGGUUCCUGUUGCUGUGGAGGGACAUAUUAUACAUUGGAUUGAGAGCAAAGCCUCUUUCGGGGAUGAUCACAGCCAUCAAACCUACCUUAAAGAACAAUUCUGGAGUUACUGGAACAGGUUUGGCCCUGGCCUUGUGAUCUACUGGUAUGGGUUCAUAGGAGAGUUGGACUGCCAGAGAGACCGAGGUAUCUUACUCAAAGAUUGUUUUCCUGCAGACAUCGUCACACUGUGUCACACCACCCAGCAGGAGCAAUCAGCAGAGAGCCAUAAGGAGGAUCAAGAGGAAAGAUUAGAUGUGAAAUAGGGAAUAACAGCAAGGAGGUGGGGAGGUUAAACACUGAACUACGCAGGGGUGGAGUCCUGCUAUAGAUCCGGAAGCAAUUUGGCUUUCCUGCAGCGUCGGAUCAGCUGGCAAAAGAUCUGCCCUGAACUCCACCUGACCCUCUUUCUCCAUUCGUAUCUGGCUUUCUUCCUGUCAUUCACCACAACAAAGCAGCCUCCUGUAAAUAUCCUGAUGCAUGCUCAAUAAUCCUCCUGUAAACACACUACAGUGUUCUGCAUCUGCAACAGUGCACAGCCAGACG